UUUAUAAAGUAGAUGGUUGAAAUAAACACAGAUGCCGAAGAAGAGCAGCCCUUGUUGAGUUCACAGUCCUUCAGCACCAGCACUAAAGUCCCCAGACCGUACGAAGAUGAACCACUGUGGAGAAGACCCUUCAAUUACUCGGUACAACAUGGUAUUGACCCCGAGAAACUUAGCAGACUACAGCGCUAUAGAUACUAUCAGCGCUUGGCUCCCCCUAUGACCAUGCUUGUACCAGAUCACAUGAUACCCCCUGAAUUCUUCACUGUGGUUCCAAUAGUCAGGGGACAGAAACAGAGCUCCAUGGUUACCAUAUUCUCACUGUGGAACACUAUGUUGGGCACAUCUCUGCUAUGUAUGCCCGCUGCAAUGCUACACGCUGGAAUCAUACUGGGAAGUUUGAUAGUGUUAGGAGUUGGGCUAGUUACAUGUUACACUGCUGUUAUUACGGUUCAAAUCACAAUGGAUAUUCAACUUCUUGAUACCUUCAAGAACUCUCCUAUAGAAUUUGUGGAUGUGAUCGAGUAUUACAUGCCCUCGCCUGCCGCCCAGAUAGCCCUCUCAGCAGGAUCUGCCUCUUUUUUGGGGGCUCUAGUGAUAUUCUGGAUCCUUCUGAGUAACUUCACAUACGGCACUGGCAUCGCACUGGGCAACAUGGCCGCCGGGACCUUUCAUUACCACAACUUAUCCAACAGUGGAGCGGUGUGCGACACGUACAACACAAGUCUUGUAGGCACAUCUGAAUCUGACUGGGGUUUGUGGACUUCUAACACUGUACCUAUCUACCUUGUUAUCAUUAUCUUCCCGCUCUGCUGCCUCAAAUCUGCUACCAUCCUCGCAAAGUUCAAUUCUCUAGGUGUAGUGUGUAUUGCUAUGGCAGUGAUAUUCGUUGUAACUAAAGCGUUCGAGUGGGGUAUCAAUAUCACGGUUGGUGACAAGGACAAUAUAUCUUAUGUUGCUCCGGCAAUGAUAGACUUCAACAAACUAACUGGUACACUCACCCUCUCGUUCUUCAUCCAUAACGCUGUGGUGGCACUCGUCAGAAAUAAUAAAAACCCUAAAAAUAAUACAAGAGACGUGACGGUUGCGUUCACAAUGGUUGCACUCACGUACGGGUUGGUCGGAGUUCUAUUCAUUCUCACAUUCCCUCUCGCGAAAUCCUGUAUCUCAGAUGUAGCUAGUCAGUUGCUGUUUGACAACAUCUCUCUUAAUGAUCUUAUGGUGUUUGUGGCGAAGUUUUUCCAGAUUCUUCAGCUUAUCACCGUUUACCCCACUGUUAACUUCGUGCUCAGGUCACAACUCUUUCUCGGCAUUUUCAAGGAUCCUUUUUGCAGCUACAAGCACGUGAUAGUAUUCAACAUAUUGACAAUAUUGAUAUGUGUCUUGAUAUCGAUAUUCUACCCACGAGUAAACACAGUGAUCAGGUACGUGGGUUCGGUGGCGGGUUUAGCGUACGUGUUCUUCUUCCCCUGCUUUGUGUACCUGCUACAUUGCUACAAAAACAACAAGCUGACAUGGUACUCAGCUGUUGGACAUGGUUCCAUUAUUCUCCUGGGUCUGCUCAACCUGGCUUCUCAGCCUCUCACUUUCUCUAACUACUUGAAAUGAAAAGAUAGACAAUGUUCUUCAUAAAGCAAUGUCAAGGAAUAUGUGUUGCUGAUAUGAAACUGAUCAACAUCGUUAUUUUGAUACCCAUGUUGUAAUUGUUAUGUUCAAGACAUGUUGGCGGAUUGGUAUUUCUGCGAGUAGAUUAAGAUUAAAGAAUCAUUAAAAUACCCAAGAAUGAGAUUGAAAAGUCCGCUUCUUGCGCCGUUUUUAUACUUGCUCCUAAGAUUGGGAAGGGAACUGACAAUUGACGCUCAGAUUCAGAAGAAUAUUUACUAUUUUUAUGGGGAUUUUAUUUUUGUUUUGUCAUUUGUAACUUGAUUUUUAUCCAUUUUAAUACUUGAUUACGUUUGGACGAUAAGCAUUCCAUUUUAACUUUAAGUUGUUAUGAUAUCAGAUAUUGUGUUUUUAUUGUUUAAAAGUGCCUGCCAAACAGUGAAUACCCAACUAACAGUACAAAGGCCAAAACACACAAGUUUCUCUCUGUUAUUUCAUUUCAUUUUAUAUUACUAUUAGUCGCUAUUAAGGGGAAUUAGUCAUUGAACAGUACAAUUCAGUGAAGAACAACAAGACUGGACAAACAUCGC